GUAUAAACAGGGGGUCCCCAGGGCCCUGCAGCUACUCACUUCUCCACCAACACUGUUGUUGUGAUGAGCUCUAUUUAAAUGAGCUGCCGGAUCGGGGCAGGUUCCAGCCACCCAUGAGCUCUGUCAUUUUGGGGAACAUGGAGGGCUGAAGGAUUUUUGGAUCGAGGUCUAAAAGGCUGAGAGUGAUGGCCUCCUGAGCCGUGCAGAGGGCGACAGAGCUAGUUCCUGAAAGUUGAAAAUCUCGUUUUCUUCCUUCUGAGCUUCUGUUCCAAGGCGCCCAGAGGAUUAGGAAGGAGAUGCAGCUAGGAAGAGAGUCGCCUCCUUGAGGUCUCCCUCUUGCUGUUCAGUUUGGGAAAAUUGCUGCAGAGCCUUGGAGAUAAACAGGAACAGGAGGAGUCAACCAAGCCUUUUCUUGCAGGAGCAUCUCAGAGCUCAUCUCCUGUCCUGGGUGUAAGCAAGUGUAUCUUACCAGGGAUGUAACCGAACACUUUUUUCUGCAGUGUUUUUCUACUGGGCAACCCAAAAUGGCCAGGAACUGCUCUGAGUGCAAGGAAAAGAGGGCAGCACACAUUCUCUGCACCUACUGCAAUCGCUGGCUAUGCAGCUCCUGCACAGAGGAACACCAGCACGGCCCUGCCCCUGGGGGCCCACCCUUUCCUCGGGCUCAGAAGGGAUCUCCAGGAGUGAAUGGUGGUUCUGGGGACUUCACCUUGUACUGUCCUCUACAUACACAGGAAGUGCUCAAGCUCUUCUGCGAGACCUGUGAUGUGCUCACAUGCCAUAGCUGCCUAAUGGUGGAACACAAAGAACACAGGUGCAGACAUGUUGAAGAAGUUUUGCAAAACCAGAGGAUGCUACUGGAAAGUGUGACUACACAGGUGGCACAUAAGAAAUCCAGUCUACAGACAUCUGCUAAGCAAAUUGAGGACAGGAUUUUUGAGGUGAAGCAUCAGCACAGGAAGGUGGAAAACCAAAUUAAAAUGGCCAAGAUGGUUCUGAUGAAUGAGCUGAACAAACAGGCCAAUGGGCUCAUAGAGGAGCUGGAGGGCAUUACUAAUGAGAGAAAGCGGAAGCUGGAACAGCAGUUACAGAGCAUUAUGGUUCUCAACCGUCAGUUUGAGCAUGUGCAGAAUUUCAUCAAUUGGGCUGUCUGCAGCAAAACCAGCGUCCCUUUCCUUUUCAGCAAAGAACUGAUUGUGUUUCAGAUGCAGCGAUUGCUGGAGACAAGUUGUAACACAGAUCCUGGCUCCCCUUGGAGUAUCAGAUUCACCUGGGAGCCCAACUUCUGGACCAAGCAGCUGGCUUCCCUUGGCUGUAUAACUACUGAAGGCGGACAACUGUCCCGGGCAAAUACUCCUGCUUAUGGAGGCUUACAGGGACCAUCAUCCUUUUAUCAAAGCCACCAGUCCCCAGUGGCUCAGCAAGAUGCUCUUAGCCACCCCUCACACAAGUUCCAGUCCCCAGGACUCUGCUCCUCAUCUUUGUGCUGCUCCCACUGCUCCCCAGUCUCACCAUCCCUCAAAGGCCAGGUCCCUCCCCCCAGCAUACACCCAGCUCACAGCUUUAGGCAGCCCUCUGAAAUGGUGCCCCAACAGCUGGGGUCACUGCAGUGCUCCACCCUGCUGUCCAGGGAGAAAGAGCUGGCCUGCAGUCCUCAUCCACCAAAGCUGCUGCAGCCCUGGCUGGAAACCCAGCCCCCUGGGGAGCAGGAGAGCACGUCCCAGCGGCUGGGGCAUCAGGUGACUUCGCAGCCUGUGUGCAUCGUCCCCCCACAGGAUGUUCAAGGAGCCCAUGCCCAGGCCACCUUACAGACACCCUCUAUCCAAGUCCAGUUUGGCCACCAUCAGAAGCUGAAGCUUAGUCACUUUCAGCAGCAGCCACAGCAGCAGCUGCACCCUCCACCACCUCCGCCACCUCCACCCCCACAGCAGUCACCCCUACCUCUACCUCCAUCCCAGCAUCUAGCUUCUAGUCAGCAUGAGAGCCCUCCUGGGCCUGCCUGUUCCCAGAACGUGGACAUAAUGCACCACAAGUUUGAGCUGGAGGAAAUGCAGAAGGACUUGGAGCUUCUCCUUCAGGCUCAACAGCCCAGCCUGCAACUGAGUCAGACCAAAUCUCCUCAGCAUCUUCAGCAAACCAUUGUGGGGCAGAUCAACUACAUUGUGAGGCAGCCAGCACCUGUCCAGUCCCAGAGCCAGGAGGACACCCUGCAGGCUACAGAUGAGCCCCCAGCAUCUGAGGGCCCAAAGUCAGCUCUCCCUCUUGACAAGAAUACUGCUGCUGUCUUGCCCCAGGCAUCUGGGGAAGAAACCCCUCUCAGUGUCCCCCCAGUGGACAGCACCAUCCAGCACUCCUCUCCAAAUGUGGUGAGAAAGCACUCUACCUCAGUGAGCAUCAUGGGCUUCUCCAACACUCUGGAGAUGGAGUUAUCAUCUACCAGGCUGGCGAGGACCCUAGAGCCACAGAUCCAAAGCAUGAGCAGCCUGACAGAUGCCACCCCCCAGGCAGUACCAAGCCUGCUGAGUGGCCCUCCCCAAACUGUGUCCAGCCUGACAAGUGUUCAAAACCAGGCCAUGCCCAGCCUGACAACCAGUCACCUACAGACCAUGCCCAGCAUUGUUCGUGGCACAUUCCAGUCCAUGCCCAACCCAAUGAGUGAUUCCCCCCAGGCCAUCGUCAGCCUAGCAAGUGAUCACUCUCAGGCCGGGCCCAGCCUAAUGUCUGGUCAUAACCAGGCUGUGCCAAGUCUGGCAACUUGUCCUCUGCAGAGCAUGCCUCUGGUUUCUGAUAUGCAGCCAGAAACUGGAUCCAGCUCCAGUCCUGGCUCUGGCCGAACUGCAGGGAGCCUGUGCCAUGGGGAUGGGGCUGACCCCUCUAUGGGAAAUGCCCUGUGUAAGAUGGAAAAUGAGGAUUCCACCCGCUUCACUGACUCACUGGGACAAGGCUCCACUGCUCCUGGUCUGGAUGUGCACGAGGACUUGGCUAUCUCUUCAGAACUGGAGGAACCAAUUAACCUCUCUGUGAAAAAACCUCCUCUGGCGCCAGUGGUCAACCCAUGUACGGCUCUGCAGCAAUACCGGACCCCAAAAGAGUAUGAGAAUUUUGAACAAGGAGCCCUAGAGCUGGAUACAAAAGAGAACCAGAACAUCAGAGCCUUCAACAGUCAGCCCAAGAUUCCCUACGUGCGACUGGAGCGACUCAAGAUCUGUGCUGCCUCCUCAGGAGAGAUGCCUGUGUUCAAGCUAAAGCCACAGAAGAAUGAUCAGGAUGGGAGCUUCCUGCUGAUCAUUGAGUGUGGCACUGAGUCUUCCAGCAUGUCCAUUAAGGUCAGCCAGGACAGCCUAUCUAAUGCCAUCCGGGCCCCAGGUUUGGGGGGAAGAAAGGUUACUGUCACUUCUCUGGCUGGGCAGCAGCCACCAGAGGUGGAGGGUGCAUCUUCUGAAGAACACAGACUUAUUCCUCGAGGCCCUGGAGCCAAGAAGGGGCCCCCGGCCCCAAUAGAGAAUGAGGACUUCUGUGCUGUGUGUCUCAAUGGGGGAGAGUUGCUGUGCUGUGACCGCUGCCCCAAAGUGUACCACCUUACCUGCCAUGUGCCAGCCUUGCUCAGCUUCCCAGGGGGAGACUGGGUGUGUACCUUGUGCCGCAGCCUGACGCAGCCUGAGAUGGAGUACGACUGUGAGAAUGCCCGCUAUGACCAGCCUGGAAUGCGAGCACCUCCUGGCCUGAGCACAUAUGACCAGAAGAAGUGUGAGAAGCUGGUACUGUCCUUGUGCUGCAAUAGCCUCAGCCUGCCCUUCCAUGAACCUGUCAGCCCCCUGGCCCGGCAUUAUUACCAGAUUAUCAAGAGGCCCAUGGACCUGUCAAUCAUCCGGAGGAAGCUUCAAAAGAAGGACCCGGCUCAUUAUACCACCCCAGAGGAGGUGGUAUCAGACGUGCGCCUCAUGUUCUGGAACUGUGCUAAGUUCAACUAUCCCGACUCAGAGGUUGCAGAGGCUGGCCGCUGCCUGGAAGUGUUCUUUGAGGGCUGGUUGAAGGAGAUCUACCCGGAAAAACUGUUUGCCCAGCCAAGACAAGAGGACUCAGACUCCGAGGAGGUGUCUAGUGAGAGUGGAUGUUCUACUCCCCAUGGGUUCCCUUGGCCGCACUACAUGCAGGAGGGAAUCCAACCCAAGAGGCGGAGACGACAUAUGGAGAAUGAAAAAGCAAAGAGAAUGUCAUUCCGCCUGGCCAACAGCAUCUCCCAGGUGUGAGAAAUGGAAGGAGACUGAGCACUCUGGCAGCUAGGGACCCAUCCUGUUGUCCAUUCCUCCCCAUCUUUCAGCUUAUUCUCUUCAAAAUGUGGAUGUGAGAUGAGUCUUGUUGAGCUGUGUAGUGCUCUUCUUUGCCGUUUGCAUUUACAGCAUUUAUUUGGGAGCCAUAGUGCAUCCACUACAGAGAAGAUUUCAGUAA